CUUUAAUCCCAAAAUAUCUCCAUGUUUCCACCAGUCAUUUCUGAAGAUUAUGAUUUAUUUAAUCUGAUUUAUUUCACUUAACAGGUCAACCUUGUUAUGUGAACUGAACUCUCAUUUUUAAUAUGGUGAAACUAUUCCUUUUAAAAAAAAUUCUAAAGAAACAUUGAACAUCUAAUGGUCAAAUCAUAGUGUAAAAGCAGGUGAGCUGGUUCUACUCUUUUUUGUUGUUGUUUUUGCCAUUUUCUGGUGUUUUGUGGUGGAAAACUGAGUGGGUUGAACAUAACAUGUCAACCCUGUUACCCACAGACAGGCUAGACAAUUUUUUACAAUUUCAUUUUUGUGAAGCUUACAUUUAAUUGCUAGUCCCUGUUUCACACAACAAGCUUCCAUUCCCGUCACAUGGGGAUUUAUGGCUGAUUUAAAAAUACAUUUUAAACCCUGUUACGGUCCAACCGGUUACUUUUUUUAGCCCUUAAUAAGCACUUACUCUAGUCAUUUAUUUAACUUCUUGAGAUGGGAAAACAUGUUUUAUGAAGUUGAACAUGUGCUCUUUAUGACAGAUUGUUAAAAUGAGGUGAAAUCAACAAAAUAAUUUGACUAAGUUACACUUCUCAAAUGGCACUGAAUUUGUGGAAUGACCCAGAAGGUUUUGGCUUGAACACUCUGUACCUCUGACAAUGGCCCUGAGUAAAGUCAACUAGCCACGUGAUUGGGCCACACUCACAUAAUGUUCUCACACACAUAUAAAACACAGCCCUCUCCCACUUGGACACCAUUCUGCUGGACCUGUGAGCCUAAACAUACAGCAAUGAGCACUCUGUGGCUUCUGUGUUCACUCACUCUAAUGGGUGAGUUCUCAUUUUUGAUUUCUCUCAGCUCCUCUUUCUCCUUGUUUGUCUUUGGCUUCUAAGAAAUAAUACAUUUUUUGGCACAUUAUUGAAAAUGGAACUUGCGUAUGAGUCCCAUAUUCUACCACAUACGAAUAACCCAUCCACUGUGCCACUAUUUGUAUCAGUUGUGAUCCAUGUCUUCUGUAAUCUAAGGUAGGGUCUACUCUCCUAAGCAGGUGGCGUCUCCACUACGGAGGACUGUUCCUAUCAUCGUCUUCAGGAUCACUUGGGUCUGUCACAGAAAAAUGAAAGUACAACAGGUCUGCGGCCUGUGGUGCACUGGACCAAUUCUACACUAGUUAUGGUAGACAUGAUUCUGUUUGGUAUUAUGGAUUUGAAUGAGAAGUCCUCAACUUUCACCAGCUAUGUCUUAAUCUCAACAGCCUGGGUGAAUUACUUCAUAGCUUGGGAACCAAAGGAAUUUUGCGGAAUUUCAAAAAUGACUGUUCCAAGAGAACGGGUCUGGAUACCAGAUAUAGGUAUCCAAGAAGACAUCUCUGAUACAAGUAGUACCAUAUUGAGCCCAUAUGUCCAGUUGCAUCAUAAUUGGUUAGCUCAAGUGAUUGACCAGCGCCGGCUAACCACUUCCUGCAAGAUGGAUCUUUAUAGGUUCCCCCUUGACACCCAGAGCUGCAGCAUCACCUUUAAGUCCAUGAUACACAGAGCAUCAGAAAUAAAAUUGCGGGCAUUCGCCAGCACCACUGCAGUGAACCACAUAGCUAGGGAGAGCAUGACUACACUGGAUGAAUGGGACUUCCUGGGCAUUGCUAUGACUGAGGAAGAACUAAAUUAUGGUGGUGAUGAAAAAUGGCAUCAGCUAAUAUACAAGAUCACCUUACGAAGGAGGCCACUAUUAUAUAUAAUCAACCUUGUGGUACCAAUCGCCUUUUUUCUUGUGUUGGAUUUGGCCUCCUUUUUCAUCAGUGAGGCCAAAGGGGAAAAGCUAGGCUUCAAAGUGACCAUACUCUUGUCCAUCUCUGUCCUAUUGUUGAUUCUCAAUGACAUCCUGCCCUCCUCAGCAAACAACCUGCCAGUGAUAGCUAUUUACUGCAUCGUAAUCUUUGCCCUUACGGGCCUCAGCCUCCUGGAGACCAUGCUGAUGAGCUUCCUGAUUGAUAUGGACAGCAGGGUUGAUCAGGACGUCCAGACCUCUGCUAAGACCUGUGAAGAGACUCAAGAAGAGACUGAAUGCCGAAGAGAGCCUGAGAGAGAUGCUGAGAGCAGCCUGGAGAAGGUGGACACCUUUAACAAGAAGGACCUCGAUGGAGACUGGCUGAACAACCCCUACCUGCUGCAGCUGAUCCUAAAGGAGGUGCAGAACGUACGGCAGGAAUGGUUCUCUGUUAAUGUGAGAUGUGGCAAGAAGAAGCCUGGGUACUGGGAGAAAGUGGCCAGACGCAUUGACCAGGCUUACUUUUGCCUUUAUCUCAUUACCACCAUUACUUUUCUGAUAUUCAUAAGUUUCAUGUGGCUUCACUAACUAUGCACAGUGCAUUUACAAUAUAUGAGGGUUUUUAGGCUCUUUGGGUUACUUAUAUGCACAAUAUUGGUACUUAAUAGUAAAUAAUACUGGUAAAUUCCAAUAAAUUAUUCUUUAUAAAUAGCUGUUUCCCUGCAAGACCUGUAGACUAAAGCUUUUAAUAUAUUUUGCAUUAACUUCAUUACCUAACCUGACUUAGGUUCACUUGGCUACUGUUUCUGUUGUUAAGGCUAUUGUUCAUGUCUAUGAUUGAGCUAUCUGAAA